AUGAAAAGAAAAUGUUUCGCUACUUGGUCCUGUUCUAUUUCGUCGGUCAGCUACACAACGCUCAAGAAAAUGUCAGUCAACAAUGGUGUGGUUAACGACAAACAACUGUUAUUAGCAUUUGUGGUCAACCGGCAUGGAGAACGAACGCCUGACGCUGAUGAACUAUCCCUUUCCAACGAAAAGGAGAAACUGAAGAAGCUUACAAGUAUAGAAGGCCUCGAAGGACUAACGAACCUCGGCAAACGCACAGCUUACCAAAUCGGAAAGUUCAUCCGACAACGUUAUGGCUCCGAAGGAUUGAAAUUGUUAUCAAACAUCUAUCUUCAAGAUGAGAUAUCACUUAGAAGUACGGACAAGGAGCGGACUAAAAUGACGGCUCAAAUCGCAAUGGCGGCAUUGUACCCUCCAGAAGCAGCUCAACAGUGGGAUGAUGGUUUAGGCAAGAUUUGGCAGCCGGUUCCAUACACAGCAGUGCCUUUAAAGGAAGACUAUUUACGUUAUUACUCCAACUGCAACAAGUUUAAGGAGUUAAUGGAGAAAGCUAAAAAAGAAUCGAUUCAUGAAGAGUUUGCUGCGUUCAACGACCUGAUACCUACGCUGAAAAUCCAAACAGGACGGAACUUCACUGAAAACCCACUACUGUUCCAGACAAUCCACGAUUUGUUUAGAAGUCAGGUCGCACUCGGCUUGGAUGUGCCGGAAUGGGCUAAGCCUCUUCUACCACGACUUAGCGAAGCAUCUAGAUUAGCGUAUAGGCUGUACUAUAAGACGGAUGAAAUGAAAAAGAUUGGUGGAGGCGUUAUCUUAAAUGAUUUCAUCUCAGCUGCAAACGAGAUCAUAGCUGGCAAGACCGUCACGAAGAGAUUCCGAUUAUAUUCGGCCCACGACUUCAACGUCGGUGCACUGAUGGACGUUACAAUGGUAAUGAAUAGCGAGCAAAUCCUGCCCGAGUACGGAUCUCUAUUUGCAAUUGAGCUGUAUAAAACCAAGAGCAGUGGAGAAUUUACUGUUUUGCCGGUGUAUCUUCCAAAAGCUGGUGAGUCGGAAGCCCAGUAUCUAUAUUUCACAGGCUGCGAAAACAACAAUUACUGUAAUUACAAGCAAUUCGCCGAUCUCACUAAGAAGUAUCUUCUACCAGAGAAAGAGUUUUACAAAAUCUGCAACAUCAAGACAGAACUGUAG